AUGGGCAGCGCCGAGAACCGCAGCGACGGCUCGGAGGGCGGGGAGCCGCCGUGGGCCGAGCUGCUGCCUUGCGACGAGCGCCGUUGCUCGCCCUCGCCCUUCCCCCUGGGGGCGCUGGUGCCUGUGACCGCCGUGUGCCUGGGCCUGUUCGCCGUCGGGGUGAGCGGCAACGUGAUGACGGUGCUGCAGGUCGGGCGCUACCGGGACAUGCGGACCACCACCAACUUGUACCUGGGCAGCAUGGCCGUGUCCGACCUGCUCAUCCUGCUCGGGCUCCCCUUCGACCUGUACCGCCUCUGGCGCUCCCGGCCCUGGGUGUUCGGGACGCUGCUCUGCCGCCUCUCGCUCUACGUGGGCGAGGGCUGCACCUACGCCACGCUGCUGCACAUGACGGCGCUCAGCCUCGAGCGCUACCUCGCCAUCUGUCGCCCGCUCCGGGCCCGCGUCCUCGUCACCCGCCGCCGCGUCCGUGCGCUCGUCGCCGCGCUCUGAGCCGUGGCGCUGCUCUCCGCCGGGCCCUUCUUUCUGGUGGGCGUCGAGCAGGACCCCGGCCGCUACGCGGUCCAGGACCUUAACGGCAACGCAGCUCACCCCCUCGCCCCGCCGCCGCCGCCACUCGUCGGGUCCUCGCAGGCGCCACCGCUGUCCCCGCCGUCGGGGCCCGAGGCGGCGGCGGCGGCGGCGCUGUUCAGCCGGGAGUGCCGGCCGAGCCCGGCGCAGCGGGGAGCGCUGCACGUCAUGCUGUGGGUCACCACCGCCUACUUCUUCCUGCCCUUCCUGUGCCUCAGCGUCCUCUACGGGCUCAUCGGGUGGGAGCUGUGGAGGAGCCGCGGGCCGCUGCGAGGCCCAGCCACCUCCGCUCGGGAGAAGGGACACCAGCAGACGGUCCGCGUCCUGUUGGUGGUGGUUCUGGCGUUUAUAGUUUGCUGGCUGCCUUUCCACGUUGGCAGAAUCAUUUACAUAAAUAACAAAGAUUCCCGGAUGAUGUACUUCUCUCAGUACUUCAACAUUGUUGCCCUGCAACUUUUCUAUCUGAGCGCAUCCAUCAACCCCAUCCUCUACAACCUCAUUUCAAAGAAGUAUAGCGCAGCGGCCUGGAAACUGCUGCUAGCCAGGUGGUCCAGACAGAGAGGUUUCUGCAGAAGCAGGGAGCCUGAAGGGGACCCUGAAGGAGACACGGCUGGCUGCACCGAGACCAGCGCUAAUGUACAGACACUGGCAACCAGCAUGGCCAAACACAGAGCCUCAUCCCACAGCUCUGGGACUUAA